AUGGUUGACGUUGGCGUGCGCGAGGCCGAUGACGGCUGGGACUACUGGACGCGCGUCUACGAAGACCCGCGUCUUCGCCAUCAACUCGCCGCGCAGAAUCAGAAAGGCCCAACGGUGAGACAGAUGCUGCAGUCCGAGGAGCUGUGCCAGGGCGACCUGCUCUUCAUGAACGUGCCGCGCCUCGGCAACAGUCAACAGGCCGUCGUCCGCCAGCUGAUCAACGACGAGAUGGGGCGCAUUGUGCCGCUGCUUGAUGUGGCCAUUACUUGUCGGCGCUGGCGCGUCCGUUUCUACCGCCUCGAAGACGCCAACGACGUGCAGGGAAAGCUGGACGGCUUCCGCUUCCGCCACAAGCCGCUCCUCGUCCGCCAUGCUGCUAAGCCCGAGCCACUGAUCAAGCGCAGCCCUGCCGUCCCGGGCAAGCAGAAUGAGUGUGGUGGAGAUGGCGCUACGCUCCCGGCUGCCCCGAAGAUCGUCGACCCAUCAUUCACGCCCGUCGAGAUGUCCGAGUUCGAGCAGUUCAAAGAGGAGCUCUGCCUGGUGCUCGCUCGCUACCCGCACGGCAUCCACCAUCUCAAGCUGCUCGAGGAGGUGCACUCGCUGCGUCGUCGUGGUGUCGUCGCCGCCGCCUUGGAGCUAUGGCCGCUCGGCCUGCUCCGCAUCUUCGGCCCCCAGAUCCGGCUGACCGGGACCUACGCCUCGUUGGGCGAACAGGGCGCCCAUCGUCUACUGCUGGGAAAAGCGCUGCAAGAAGGCCACUCUGCCGUGCCUCGAGACGACUGGGAGCCGAUGGCCGUCUGCAACGUGCGCACCGAGCACCACCUGAUCUCCGCCGCCACCGCGCUGCUCACCCGUUUUGGGCCCCAGCAUUGCAAAGUUGAUCUGCCGAUUCGGCUUUUCGCGAAGGCCCUCCCCGGGCAAUGGCCGAGCGGUUCGGUGGCGCUGUGCGAGUACAUGUCGGGCCUCAGCCCGUCGCUGCUCCUCUUCGACGACAUCCUCUACUUGGCCACAAGUGUCGGCCACCGGCGCGCGCUGCUCGAUCGGCUGAACCCUCCGGACACCAAGCAGCGCCUCCCCUGGUCGCCCGCGCUCCACCCGUCGCCCAGCUCUACUCCAGCUUCUGAAGAGCCACACGACACGCCCCACUUAAUCAUAUUUGACGGCGUUGAUGUCUUCACAUAUUAUUCGUUCAAU